CUCUUUCUCUCUCUUAAAAUCUCAACUAUAGCGAAGUCUUCUUCCCUCCUCUGCGACUCGCGCCAGAUCCUUUCUUCUCCUCUGGUGCUUGCCCGUCCUUCCUGGCUCCCGCAGGCACGUGCCGGCUCUUCCCUCGCGCGUGCUUCGUUCUCGUGUGGAUGAUUCUUUUCUAGGAUGAAGCGUGGGUACAAGCUCCAGGAAUUUGUGGCGCAUAGCUCGAAUGUGAAUUGCUUGAAGAUCGGGAAAAAAUCGUCCAGAGUCGUCGUCACCGGCGGGGAGGAUCAAAAGGUUAAUCUAUGGGCGAUUGGGAAGCCUAAUUCUAUCCUGAGCCUUUCUGGUCACACAAGUCCAGUUGAAUCUGUAACAUUUGACUCUUCAGAAGUUUUUGUUGUUGCUGGAGCCUCAAGUGGCACAAUAAAGCUUUGGGACUUAGAGGAAGCAAAAAUUGUUCGGACACUUACUGGACACAGAUCUAACUGUAUUUCGGUUGAUUUCCAUCCUUUUGGCGAGUUCUUUGCUUCUGGUUCUUUGGAUACUAAUUUGAAGAUAUGGGAUAUUAGAAGAAAAGGAUGCAUUCAUACAUACAAGGGGCAUAGUCGAGGUGUCAAUUACAUUAAAUUCACUCCAGAUGGUCGUUGGGUUGUUUCUGGUGGAGAAGAUAAUGUUGUUAAGCUCUGGGAUUUGACUGCUGGAAAGCUCCUCCAUGAUUUCAAGUGUCACGAAGGGCAAAUACAGUGCAUGGAUUUUCAUCCCCAUGAAUUUCUACUUGCAACAGGUUCUUCUGAUAGAACAGUCAAGUUUUGGGAUCUAGAGACUUUUGAACUUAUUGGGUCUGCAGGACCUGAGGCUUCGGGGAUACGUUCUAUGGUCUUUAACCCUGAUGGAAGAACUCUCUUCUGUGGGUUGCAUGAAUCCUUGAAGGUGUUCUCAUGGGAGCCAGUUAGAUGCCAUGAUAUAGUUGACAUGGGAUGGUCCAAAUUGGCUGAUCUCAAUAUACAUGAUGGGAAACUUUUAGGCUGUUCCUUCAACCAAAGUUGUGUUGGAGUAUGGGUUGCUGAUAUCUCGCGGAUAGCACCCUAUGCAGUUGGUGGGUUGUCAAAAAAUGGUCACCCGGAAACCAAGUCCAAUAUAAAGGAAAGUCAAUCUGUACAAAAAUUAGAGAAUAGUGUAAAAGCUAACAUUAAAUCGUUUUCUCCACUCCUGAAUCCUGAACCAAAAGAGGCGAAAGUUUACAUACCAUCAAUCUUUGCUGAAACUCCUCCACGUACUCCCCCAAGAUUUGGUCUAAGUAAUGACUCCAAAACCCUUGCUUCUAAUUCAGCAGCAGCAUCCCAUGCAUCUGCUUUGAAGAAAAGGACUGUGCCAAAAGUACCAUCAGCAGCUACCACCCAUGUCCUUUCUGAACCUGAGGUUGUGCCUGUCGUUGUCCCUAGAAAUGGCCAGAAGUUUGAGCAACAAGCUGAUUCCAAGGUCGUCCCUAGACCUGAUUUACCUGCUAUUGUCGCUAGAAACAGUCAAAAACUUGAGCAACCAGCUGAUUCAAAAGCUGAAAAUGCCACUGUUGAAAGGCCAGUUUUUGCAUCAAAGCCAUCACAUGCACGGAGGCAAUCAAUUGGUAAAGGUGGUAGUGACAUUGAACCAACUUCAACCAACUGUGAAUCAUCUAAGCGCAAGAACAAUGAGUUGAAUCAUGAACCACUAAAGAACUUCUUUCCUGGUCUGGAUGCAAAAAGUGAUGGCUCUGGUUGUGGUGAACAAAAUGGGACCAGUAUCAGAAAUGUUGCUGAAAAGUUUGAAAGGAGUUUUUCAGUAGGACACAAACCGAGCAUUCGUUCUGAAAAUUGUGAUGUUAAAGUGCCCAAUAGAAGAAGAGCAAGUACUGUUGGAUAUUUAGAAGAGAGAAGGCACUCCUCGGGAAGAACGCGUACCCUGGUUGAUAGCUGGGAGAGGAGGGAAAGAUCUCCAAACAAUGACACACAAACGAUGAGUUCUUCCUCUGACUCAGUUUCCGAGCUUGCUGCCUCAAUCCCUGUUUCAAAGAGUCAGCUUCCGGCUGUUGAGUGUGGCUUGCCUUCAGUUUCAAAUGAAGACGAAUGUGAUAGUGCCAUGCAAGGUCAUCACGUAUUUUUAAGAGAAAUGCAGUUUCGUCUUACAAAGCUACAGGUAGUGCGGCGGUCCUUAGGGGCAAAUAACAUAAAGGGUGCUAUCAAUACCAUGGAAAAGAUGAAUGAUCAUUCUGUGGAGGCUGAUGCAAUCAGUGUAUUCUUAGAGAAAUUUGACUUUAUCACACUUGAUACCUGUGCUUCUUUGUUACCACUGCUUACUGGCUUGCUAAGCAGCAAAAUUGACAGGCAUAUAAGUGUAUCAUUGGAGAUGUUGCUAAAGCUUGUGAGGACCUUUGGGCCAGUAAUCCAUUCAACAGUAUCAGCACGAACAGUGGUUGGGGUUGAUCUUCAUGCCGAAGAACGGCUGGAGCGCUGCAAUCAGUGCUUUGCAGAGUUACAAAAGGUUAAGCAGAGCCUUAGUUCUCUAUUAAGGAAGGGUGGGCUUCUAUCAAAAGCUGCCUGCGAGUUAAAUCUAGCACUUGAGGAAGUAUAACCGAGCGGAAUCUGGAUCUUUGCUCUCUAUGGCCUUGUAUAGUUUUCAGAUUUGCAUGACCUUGUUGCUCAUAAGGGCAAACUCAUGCUGCGACGAGACAGCAAGAGAAGCAUAAGAAUUUUCUGUACAGGAGAAUAUCUGCUUGUUGAAGUGCCCAAGGCCAGAAAAUCUGAUUUAUCUCACCAGGCUGCAGAAUGCGACUCGAGUUAUUCCAGUUGGCUUUGUAUUCGAUCCAUUUAUUUGGUUGUUUGAUGAGUUUGUAUCAUCAUAUUGCCUUACACCCCUUGAUUUGUACAUGUUACGCCCCAAAUGUCAUAUACACUCCAAAUUUGAGUCAAUAGUGAAUCUGAAAUUAAUAUA